GCCAGUUGCCCCUCGCCCAUAUGCGGGGCACAGUGCGCAGCCCGCCGCCGCCGCCGCCGCCGCCGCGCGCUUUGCUGCUGCCGCCGCUGCCAGUGCCUCCCGCCGCCGGGCCCGGGGAGCCGCCCGCUUCGGCGGAGUGAGGCGGCUAAUUGCGGAGCCCCCCGGCCUUCAUUUACAUAUGCAGCCCGAGGCCGCUGGAGCCGGGCCAAUCCGCGCUCGCCCCCAGCACCAUUAAUCGCCAUGCAUUAUUCACCGGCGUAAUUACCGAGCCCCAUGCGCGAGCCGCGCCGCCGCCCCAGCCCGCAGCGCCGCCGGCCCCGCACCGCGCGCACCCCGCCCGGCUGAGCCCGCUCGGCGCACGGCUGCCUGGCGGGGACCACUUUGGGGUUUGUUUGUUUGGUUGGCUUUGGGGGGGGGAAGAGGGGGGUUAGGCUCUCCCCCCGCCCCCGCAACUCGACUUUUCUCUGAGACCCCCCCCACACACGCACGCUGCCCCCCCCCACACCCCCAUAACCACCUCCUUCCACCUCUCGCUGAUGCCUCUGCAAAAAGCAGCAGCAGGCAGCCUCAGUUAGCAGCAUGUCUCGUCGGAAGCAAGCGAAGCCCCAGCAUCUCAAGUCGGACGAGGAGCUGCAGGCGGAGGUAGUUUCUGAGCACGCAGUCCCAGGCGAAGGAGCAGAUGAUGGUGAUAGUGGGAAUGAAAGCCGAAGUGGAAGUGAAGAAACCAACGUCUGUGAAAAAUGCUGUGCAGAAUUCUUCAAGUGGACGGACUUUCUGGAACACAAGAAGAAUUGCACUAAAAACCCACUGGUGCUGAUUGUGAAUGAAGAUGAAGCAGCACCACCUCCCUCUGAAGAAUUCCCUGAGCCUUCACCUGCUAGCUGUCCUAGCGAUCAGGCAGAGAGUGAGACUGCUGAAGAAAGUGUUCAGACAGAGAACAAUGAUAGCUGUGAGAUAAAGAACACAGAAAAGGAAGAAGAGCCGAUGGAGGUUGAAACUUCUGCAGAGAAGAGUUUCCCGAAUCAAGGCACCUCAAACACAGCUACUCCUCUACCUCAGAUUCCAGAACCAUCUUCCAUGACAAAUUACAACAUGCCAAACACUAAUGUUACCUUAGAGACUCUGCUGAGUACUAAAGUGGCAGUUGCACAGUUUUCACAGAAUGCAAGGUCCGCAGCAUCUGCAAACAUAAACAGUGGGGUGACUGCAAUGGCCAUCCCAAUGAUUCUAGAGCAGUUGAUGGCAUUGCAGCAGCAACAAAUUCACCAGCUCCAGCUAAUAGAACAGAUUCGAAGCCAGGUGGCAAUGAUGAAUCGACAGCCAUUACGCCCCUCCCUGAACCCUCUAGUUCCUUCUCAGACUGCUCCCGUGCAAGCUUCUAACCAGCUCCAAGGGUUUGCUGCAAAUUCUACUCUUCAGCUAACGGGAGUUGUUCCUCCCACAGUUGUGGGGCAGGCCACUAGCAAUCAGCCCUCCGUGUUUGAGGGCACUCCACACAUCUCAAGGCCUACAUCUGGAACAAGCACUCCUAACAUAUCCAGCAAUGGUUCUUCAGCCCCAACUGAUUCAAGCUCAUCUUCUUCCUCUAAUGCAAUUACAUCAGUAACUCCUGCUUCUGUGUCAAAUACUACUAGUAGUUCUUCACAGCCCCAAAAUGCUUCAACUCCACCUUCAAUAGGACACGGAAGUCUCACCUCAGUUUCCAGCCUGCCAAACCCACUUCUACCUCAGACUUCAUCAAAUAGUGUGAUCUUCCCCAACCCACUGGUUAGCAUUGCGGCAACUGCUAAUGCAUUAGAUCCUUUAUCGGCCCUUAUGAAGCACCGCAAAGGAAAACCACCAAAUGUGUCAGUGUUUGAACCCAAAUCAAGCUCUGAGGAUCCCUUUUUCAAACAUAAAUGUAGAUUUUGUGCCAAGGUCUUUGGAAGUGAUAGUGCUUUACAAAUACAUCUACGUUCACACACAGGAGAGAGACCUUUUAAAUGCAACAUAUGCGGAAAUCGCUUUUCCACAAAAGGCAAUCUGAAAGUUCAUUUUCAAAGGCAUAAAGAGAAAUAUCCCCACAUCCAGAUGAAUCCAUAUCCUGUUCCAGAAUACCUCGAUAAUGUGCCCACUUGCUCUGGAAUUCCAUACGGAAUGUCACUGCCUCCUGAAAAACCAGUUACGACGUGGUUGGAUAGCAAACCUGUCUUACCAACUGUCCCAACUUCUAUUGGCCUUCAGCUUCCUCCCACUAUACCUGGUGUUAACAGUUAUGGGGAUUCUCCAAGUAUUACUCCUAUGAGCAGGUCACCUCAGAGGCCAUCUCCUGCUUCAAGUGAAUGCACUUCUUUAUCCCCAAGCCUAAACAAUUCUGAGUCAGGCAUUCCAGUGUCUGCAGAAUCCCCACAACCAAUUCACAGUGGCUCAUCUUUGACUAAAACUGAACCCAUCAGUUUGCCUCCGACAAAUGCAAGGGUUGGAGACCUUACUGGAAGUGGGCAAGUUUCUACAGCUUCCACAUCCUCAGUUCCUACUGCUGUUACGGAUAGCAACAUUUCAACGAGCCUCCCAAACCCAGUGCUUCCAACCAUGUCUGACCAGUUCAAGGCAAAGUUUCCAUUUGGUGGUCUACUAGACUCUAUGCAAACAUCAGAAACCUCAAAACUACAACAGCUAGUAGAGAAUAUUGACAAGAAGAUGACAGAUCCAAAUCAAUGUGUCAUUUGUCAUCGUGUGCUUAGUUGUCAGAGUGCUCUCAAGAUGCAUUACAGAACACAUACAGGAGAAAGACCAUUUAAAUGCAAAAUUUGUGGACGUGCCUUUACUACAAAAGGCAAUCUAAAAACACAUUUUGGAGUUCAUCGAGCGAAGCCACCACUAAGAGUACAGCAUUCAUGUCCCAUUUGUCAGAAGAAAUUUACAAAUGCUGUUGUUCUUCAGCAGCAUAUUCGUAUGCAUAUGGGUGGGCAGAUUCCAAACACGCCAUUACCAGAGGGCUUCCAAGAUGCAAUGGACUCAGAGCUAUCAUAUGAUGAAAAGAAUAUUGAAACAUUGAGCAAUUAUGAUGAUGACAUCGAUGAAAAUUCUAUGGAAGAGGACCCAGAGUUGAAGGACACAGCAAGUGACUCAUCCAAACCACUUAUAUCUUACUCUGGCUCGUGUCCUUCUUCACCACCUUCUGUAAUAUCUAGUAUUGCUGCUUUAGAGAAUCAGAUGAAAAUGAUUGAUUCUGUCAUGAACUGCCAGCAGCUGACCAGUUUAAAAUCCAUUGAAAAUGGGUCAGGGGAAAGUGACCAUUUGAGCAAUGAUUCCUCAUCAGCUGUUGGUGAUCUUGAAAGCCAGAGUGCAGGCAGCCCAGCGAUGUCAGAAUCCUCUUCCUCCAUGCAAGCUUUGUCUCCUGUAAAUAGCAAUAGUGAAAGUUUUAGGUCAAAGUCCCCAGGUCUUAGCAACCAGGAAGAACCACAAGAAAUACAAUUAAAGACAGAAAAACCUGACAGUCCACCACCUGCCACUGAAAAUGGAGGUGCGUUAGAUCUGACAUCCACCAACCCGGGAAGACCGGUCAUCAAAGAGGAGGCUCCUUUUAGCCUGCUGUUCCUGAACAGAGAACGUGGUAAGUUUAAAAGUACUGUUUGUAAUAUCUGUGGAAAGCCUUUUGCUUGUAAGAGUGCAUUGGAAAUUCACUACCGCAGCCAUACUAAAGAACGUCCAUUUGUUUGUACAGUCUGCAAUCGUGGGUGUUCCACUAUGGGUAAUUUAAAACAGCACUUACUGACACACAAAUUAAAAGAGCUGCCUUCUCAGUUAUUUGAACCCAACUUUACUCUAGGUCCCAGCCAAAGCACUCCUAGCCUGGUCACCAGUACUGCGCCUACCAUGAUCAAAAUGGAAGUGAAUGGUCACAGCAAGCCGAUCUCACUGGGUGAGGUUCCCUCGCUUCCAGCUGGAAUCCAGGUUCCUGCUGCCCCACAGACAGUGAUGAGUCCAGGCAUCACUCCUAUGCUGGCACCCCCACCACGUCGGACUCCCAAGCAACACAACUGUCAAUCGUGUGGAAAGACCUUCUCUUCAGCAAGUGCACUGCAGAUACAUGAACGCACCCAUACUGGUGAAAAGCCAUUUGGUUGCACAAUCUGUGGUAGAGCUUUUACCACAAAAGGGAAUCUUAAGGUUCACAUGGGAACCCACAUGUGGAAUAAUGCCCCUGCAAGACGUGGUCGCCGACUGUCCGUGGAAAACCCCAUGGCUCUAUUAGGUGGUGAUGCUCUGAAGUUUUCUGAAAUGUUCCAAAAGGAUUUGGCAGCUCGGGCAAUGAAUGUUGAUCCAAAUUUUUGGAACCAGUAUGCUGCAGCUAUCACUAAUGGACUUGCUAUGAAGAACAAUGAGAUUUCUGUCAUACAGAACGGAGGCAUUCCCCAGCUCCCAGUAAGUUUGGGUGGAAGUGCCAUUCCACCUUUAAGUAACAUUACCACUGGAAUGGACAAAGCUCGCACUGGCAGCAGCCCUCCCAUUGUUGGUUUGGACAAAGCAAGUUCUGAAACUGGAGCCAGUCGUCCAUUCACAAGAUUUAUUGAGGAUAACAAAGAAAUUGGCAUAAACUAAAAGCAUACAUUACCAGUAUCGGUUGGACCACUACUCAACACAACAUUUGUUCUAGUUCAUGUACAGUUUUUGAAGUUAAGCAUUAGUUUCCUGACCUAAAUGCAUAGGUUCCCUUUAAAAUUUUACCCAUAGCAGAAAUACGUAACUUUGUGGCUGCUGAAAAGUUGUCUUGCAAGAUCUGCAUGAUACUUCUUUCAACAGUGAGUUUGACUGUUACCGAGAACUAUGAAACCUUUUUAAUUUAAGUUAACAAAAACAAAAGAUCAUUGGAUAACUGCAUUAGGAACAGAAAGAGGCUAGACUACGUCCACUUUGCUUCUUACAAAACUUAUUAUCAACUGAGAAAAGGGGGCUUCACUAAUGCAUUCCUGUCAAACUUAUUUCCUGGUUUUGUUCAAAUUAGUUAGAAACUUGAACUAUGUUUUUAGGAAUCUUAAUCUUAAAUAAGUGAUUUAGUACCCCAAAGCAGUGUAUUAUUACAGUAUCCUUGUCUGUAGUAUUUAUAAUGUUAAGAUUAUGCGGGUAACAGACAAUAUACUAGCCCCAACCUUAAAUGAAGCUUUUGUACUGCAAAAUACAUCUGAUUAUGUGAUUUUUCUUUUUUAUUUUCCCUUUCUUUUUUUUAAAUCAAGUUUUGUUUUACUAUAAAUAAGUGGUUUAUUUCAAUGCAGGCAAAAUUGUGAAGUUUUAUUGGGAAAGAUAGCAUGCUUUUCAUGUGCAAGUACCUGUCAGUAACAAACCUUUUUUAUUUAAAUAUUUGUAGCUGCUAUGUGGACAGUUGUUCUAUUAAAUGAAAAAUGUAGUGUGGACUUUAGCUCAAUGAUUGGAAAACAAGUUACAGACAAACCUUAGCACCAUAAAUUAUUCACAACAUUAUAAACAGUUGUGAGUAAACAUUUCAUGUUAUCAAAGCUGUACAAAUAAAAGGUAAUGUUUGUAUAAUGUGGUUGCAAACUCUUAAUUUAUACUAUUGCACUUUUAGUAUUUUGUAUUAGGGAGGUUUGUCUAUAAUUUGAAACUGAACAAAGAUGUAAACUAUUUUAUAAAUAGUACUUAAGAAAAAUGGGAAAAGCUGUUACAGUUUCUUGUUUUGUCUUAAGGUCAAAUGAUGUGAGAGAUCUAUAUUACUUAAACAGAAAAGCCACUGAGAACUGUCAGAUCCUUAAAUAAAAUGGGGCCUGCCAUUUCUUAAAUUGAAACAAUUCAUUUAACUUUUCUACAAAGCCCACUUAAUGUGACCAUCCCCAACAGAAUGUUGAUAAAUUGAUCUUAGGAGUGUGAUAUCAAUGCAAAACCAAGAUAGACUAAAGAGAACAUUGUGUAGGUUUUAAUUUUACUGUAAUCAGUUCUGUCUCUUUCACAUAUGCCCACAAGUAGGUUGACUGCCUAAUAACCCUUGUAUUGUGUACAGCUUUACUGGGAACAGAAUAAUACAUGUCUGGCAGCAUGAUCAGUCAUAACUUUAAAAUAUUCUGUAUUUAUUCUCAACUCUUGCUAAUUAUCUUCUCGGAUUACUACAAAGCACAAUGUACUCUGGUUAUUCUAAUGGAAUUUUAUGUUGAUUACCUUGUUUAAAUAACACCAAGUAAAUAAAGGGAAUGGUUCCACUCUUAAGCUAGGAUGCUGGGGAGCCUGGGGCUUAAUCAAAACUUGAACAGUAAAAGUUUUGUGUACUACCUCAUUUUUGUGCAUUACAAGCAUGGUGGAGUCUGACACUAUGAACUUCCGUCCAACAAAAUUGUUCAAGGGACAUUAUGGGUAGCUGGGUAACAGCACAAGGAGUUUUAUGCCCCUGAAGAAAGAAUCAGAGAGUGAGGUCUUCUCAGUUGAGACUGGAAAAAUAGGACAAUCUCUUUCUUAUACAACAAAAAACAUUACUGUAAGAGGAUGGACUAUUUCUGCCAUCGUGUAAUUGAAUGAAAAGAGUUUUGAAGACAUAUUAGCUGUUUAUUUCUAUUGGAAAUGAACAAUGAACUAUACAGCUCUGUUUUCUACAGUGAUGACAUGUAUAAAGUGUGUGUGUGUAUACGUAUGUAUGUGUUACACGCGCACACACAUGUGUGUAUAUACACACACACACACACGCACAUGCACACACGUUAAAAAGAACCCUAUAAUAUAACAUCUUUUACCAUCUUUCACCACUGCGUGUGGAUUAUUUAGGGGUGUUUCAAACCAUCGGAAAAAGAAAACUGAGGUGGCUUAAUGUUGCUGUAUUUCAGCAAUUGAAUGUUUUUAUUUAUCUGUGUCAUUUUUGGUGUGAAUUUUUUUUGUUAGUAUUUGGUACCAUGUAGUGUUAUCUCUUCUCCCUAAAGGAUGUGUAUAACUUAAAAAAAAAAGAGAUGUAAAGUGUUGUAAAUAAGAUGGUUGAUGGUACAGUAAGACUGACCCCAUUUUGUAUUCAGGGUUAGGUCAUUCCUCUCUGCAUGGUGAAGAGAGACACUAUUUUUAUACUGCGAUACCAUGUAGGGCUAGGAGCCUCCCUGAACCAGCUGGGAAUUGUUACCUAGAUCCAAUAUUUUUUAUUAUUAAAUCUUGUUGGCUUGACACAUCUACUGAUUGAAAUGGAUGUCUUAGUCUAGGUUACUAUUUUUGUCAUAUGGAAUUGAAUAAAAUGCAGGAUGUAAUAUUA